AUGACAUCAUAUGUUGCAAUCGACCACUUCGGCACAGAAACACUCACCGCCAUCCCACCAGAGGAAAAGCCCACCUACAACAGCCUCAAAAUCAUCCACCAGGAGCUCAACGCUAAUGCAAUGACAAUUGCAGAAACUAACAGGCUCUUUGCAGCAAACGAAAAACAAUUUCUCAUCUUCAGAGGAACCGAAACAGCGCUCAAGAAGCAGUUGCUGGAAGCGGUAUCUGACACCUUCACCAAAACACUCAAACACAAGAUGUACGGCUAUGCACAAGUCACCGCCCGUGAAAUCCUCGCCCACUUAGAUGCAGCAUACGGCACAGUGGACGCCGAUGACAUCAAGGACAACGAAGAACGCAUGAACGCUACCUGGAAUCCUUCCCAACCAAUCGAAGACCUCUACAAUCAAGUCAAGGACGCCCAGAAGUUUGCCGCCGACCAUGAUGGCUGCAGACAAGGAAAGACGCCGAAUCCUCACUCCGAAGGAAGUCGGAUAUGCGAACAAAGUGACGAACCAAACCACCAAAAUGCCAACUGCGACUAA